AUGGCCCAUGAGUUCCUCUUCCAGACAUUCUCCACUGUUCCUGAGAUACGACAUCUUAUUUUCACUUGCGUUCUUUUGAUGUACCUCAUAAUCCUUUCUGGGAAUAUUUCCAUCCUUUCAAUUGUCUACAUUGUCAAUUCCUUGCACACCCCCAUGUAUUUCUUCCUGGCUAGCCUCUCUUUUUUGGAGAUCUGUUAUAUCACUGUAAUAGUGCCUCAAAUGCUUGCUAGCAUUUCUGAUUUCCACAGAACAAUCCCACUGGUGAACUGUGCCAUCCUGAUGUUCUUUUUUACAACUCUAGGGAGCACUGACUGCUUUAUGUUGUCUGUCAGGGCGUAUGAUUGCUACGUAGCCAUCUGCCACCCACUUCGCUACACCCUCAUCAAGACUUAGUAGGUUUGCAUAUGGCUGGUGAUUGGCUCCCUGAUCCUUUCCAUAAUGCUGUGUCUGCAGCUAACCACCUUGGUUUUCAGCUUGCCUUUCUGUGGUAACAAACCCAAGAUCAAUCAUUUAUUUUGUGAUGUACCACCUGUUCUACAGGUUGUGAUGUGUGCCGACACCCAUCUCCACCAAACUGCGCUAUUUGGUGUUGUCACCAUUGUUUUAACAGUUCCAUUUGUUCUAAUAUGCAUCUCCUACAUCUAUAUUGUGGCUGCCAUUCUUCGAAUUAAGUCCUCAUCUGGGAGGCACAAAGCCUUAUCUACCUGCUCCUCCCACCUGACAGUUGUAUUCCUACAGUAUGGUGUCUGCAGCCUGGUGUAUCUGCAUCCCAAGUCCAGCACUUCAGAGGAUGACGAUAGAAAUUUGGCUCUUAUAUAUACCUUUGUCACUCCCCUCCUGAACCCCUUGGUCUAUACCCUGAGGAACAAAGAUAUCAAGCAGGCUUUAAGAAAGGUCAUGAAGAAAAUGGUUACAUCUCAGAUCUGA